CUGAUGUUUGUGGGACACUAAGUGCGAUGCCUAUGCGAAUAGGGAUCUACGGAGGGCAGCACAUGGUUCGCUGUUGGAGAUAUACAAAAAAUUCCAACCGAAUGCAACAAUUGACCUGCUCAAGAAGAUAGAAAAUCUCAAGUGCAGUUUCAGACGGGAAUUGAGGAAGGUAAGAGCCAGUGAAACAACUGGAGCUGGCAGCAGCCAGAUAUAUACACCACGUCUCUGGUUCUAUGAACUCAUGUCAUUCUUGGAAGAGAAGGAGAUGAUCAGAGAAGGAUUGGAUACUCUGGAAGAAGACGAGUCACAAAUGGAUGCUGUGGAAACAGUUGGUGACCCAGGAAGUGGUGCAGCAGUGGUGCAAGAACAGAGCAACCAACGGCAGAACGCAGGUCCUUCUACUAUUGUAAAUCCGGCUGGGAAUAGGGCUCCGAUUCCACGAAAAAGGAAAAUGAGUGCAUUGGACAAAAAAAAGGAAGCCAUGUUUGACUCUGUGCAAAAUUUACUGUCUGCAACCGAGGCCGAGUGGGAGGUGAUAGGUAAAUCGCUUGGCUUACAACUCAGCCAACUCAAUAACGAUCGACAACACUGGUGCCAUGACGUACAGGUGUUCUCAUCACGGUGUCUCAACUACGAACGUUUGGUCUGGGAGUGUGUAGAGCCGUCCAAGACGGCAUGCUUGCAGCCAGACGGUCUGGUCUGA